CGCCGGUAUUACAAUUUUCUAUUCGCUUAGCAAUUGAAAGUUGAUUUUCGCAUAAACAGUAUAGUAGUAAUCUGGGUCACCUCCGAGAUUAAGCUAUCUGUUGAUUUUCUGCUUAAGCCUUAAGCUAGUAGACAUCAGGGUUUAAGAUUCGUUUUAUGUUACAAGAAUGUCGAACUUCUCCCGCCAGAUGAAGCUAUCGUCGUCGCUACUCAGGCGAUUGCACUACAUAGCUAAUGCCAACUCGGCUAGAGCUUUCACGACAACAGAAGGCCAUCGCCCUACCUUAGUCCACAAGCGCAGCAUCGAUAUCCUUCACGAUCCAUGGUUCAACAAGGGAACUGCAUUCUCCAUGACAGAACGAGAUCGUCUUGAUCUUCGAGGGCUUCUGCCUCCAAACGUUAUGUCUACUGAACAGCAAAUAGCUCGAUUCAUGGCAGAUUUGAAGAGGCUUGCGGUGCAGACUAAAGAUGGACCAUCAGAUCCAAAUGCUUUAGCGAAGUGGCGCAUACUUAAUAGAUUGCAUGAUAGAAAUGAGACCAUGUACUACAAGGUACUUAUUGCCCAUAUUGAGGAGUAUGCUCCAAUAGUUUAUACUCCCACGGUUGGUCUUGUUUGCCAGAACUAUAGUGGGCUAUUUAGAAGACCCAGGGGAAUGUACUUUAGUGCUGCGGAUCGUGGCGAAAUGAUGUCGAUGGUCUAUAACUGGCCAGCUGAUCAGGUUGAUAUGAUUGUUGUAACUGAUGGAAGUCGAAUCUUGGGUCUUGGUGAUCUUGGAGUCCAUGGUAUUGGAAUUGCAAUUGGAAAGCUGGAUUUAUAUGUUGCUGCUGCUGGGAUUAAUCCCCAGAGAGUGCUUCCUGUCAUGAUUGAUGUUGGGACCAACAAUCAGAAGCUUCUUAAAGACCCACUAUAUCUGGGCUUGCAAGAACCUCGCCUUGAUGGUGAGGACUAUCUUGCUGUUGUUGAUGAAUUUAUGGAGGCUGUCUUUACUCGCUGGCCUCAUGUGAUUGUACAGUUUGAAGAUUUUCAAAGCAAGUGGGCAUUCAAGUUGUUGCAACGUUAUAGAAACAACUACAGAAUGUUUAAUGAUGAUGUCCAGGGAACAGCUGGAGUUGCAAUUGCUGGUCUUCUUGGAGCUGUCCGAGCACAAGGAAGGCCCAUGAUUGACUUUCCAAAGAUGAAAAUUGUUGUUGCUGGUGCCGGGAGUGCAGGAAUAGGUGUCCUGAAUGCUGAGGAAACAAUGGCAAGGAUGCUAGGAGACAGUGAAACUGCUUUUGAAAGUGCACGCAGUCAAUUCUGGGUAGUUGAUGCUAAGGGACUAAUCACAGAGGAGCGUGAAAAUAUUGAUCCAGAUGCGCUGCCAUUUGCUAGGAAGGUCAAAGAAACAGAUCGUCAAGGACUAAAGGAAGGGGCGAGUCUUGAGGAAGUGGUUAGGCAGGUACAUCCCGACGUACUUCUUGGGUUGUCUGCAGUCGGUGGCCUGUUUUCCAAAGAGGUAUUAGAAGCUCUGAAGGACUCAUCUUCCACCAGACCAGCAAUUUUUGCAAUGUCAAAUCCGACAAAAAAUGCUGAAUGCACCCCUGAAGAAGCUUUCUCUGUAUUGGGUGAGAAUGUCAUAUAUGCUAGUGGAAGCCCAUUUAGAGAUGUGGAUUUUGGUAAUGGGCAUGUUGGCCAUAGCAAUCAGGGAAACAAUAUGUACCUUUUUCCUGGAAUCGGACUGGGCACUCUUCUCUCUGGUUCGAGUAAGGUCUCCGAUGGAAUGUUGCAAGCAGCAGCUGAAUGCCUUGCUGCUUACAUGACGGAAGAAGAAGUUCUUAAGGGAAUCAUAUAUCCUCCAAUUUCCAAAAUACGGGAUAUCACGAAAGAAGUAGCUGCAGCUGUAAUCAAGGAAGCCAUAAUAGAGGAUCUGGCCGAAGGAUACCGAGACAUAGAUGCUCGGGAGCUUAAGAAACUUAGUCAGGAGGAGAUUGCGACAUAUGUGGAGAACAACAUGUGGAAUCCUGAAUAUGCCACCCUAGUUUACAAGGAAAACUAAUCUUAAAACAACAUGGUUCCUAUUCCUUAUGAUUUUUAACCCAGACCAGGAAAUAAACCACAUUUUUGUUUCCUUUGGGAAUAUUGUUGCAGUCAUUGCACACCUGACUCAUAAUAUCUCUUUCUACUGUCACGUCUAUGUCACACUUUUAUUAUUUAUUCUUGUCCUUUUGGCCCUUGGUGAACACGCUUAACUACUUAAUGACCGGUGCAUGAUCGCACCAAUUGUAUCAUUAACUUUUACCGAUCAAUAUAUUAAAUGUUGUACUUGAUAA